AUGGAGUCUCGACGGAACCCUCGCGCCGUUGUCGAUCCAAAGGUCCGGCAAGUCGGUUUCUUCACAUCAUCCCAACCCGAUUCGACUCAGCAACCCGACCCGAUCGCUUCCGAAUCUCAUCCCGUUUCCAGCAUUUCUCCCUCCGGCAAUUCACUCUCCCCCGUCAUGAUUCCUCCGCCUCGCCACACCUCCUCCGACACCUUCCCCAUUCGCGCCGCCGCUGCCUCAGCCGUAUCUCCUUCCUCGUUUUCCUACUCCAGCCGCCGCGAUUUCCCUGACGGAUCAACGACGGCGUCUCCUGGACGCGUUUCCAGGGGCAGUUUCGCGAAAUCGUCCGUCCCGGCUGCUUCUUCACUUCCCGGCGUCGGGAUGGAUUCUAUGGCGGCGGCUAAAUCUAGCAGUGUUCCCGCCAGUGGAUUAACCACUGUCUCCGUCGUCAACAUGCCUGCUGGACUCUCCGAGAAGGCUACUGGAAUGGAAGUGCAGAGUGACCAGAAGAAGAAUUCUAAACCUCUGAAAGAGAAAACCACAAAAGCUGAGAGACGAGCUCUUCAAGAAGCUCAAAGAGCUGCUAAAGCUGCUGCAAAAGUUGAAGGAGGGAAGGCACCACCAGUGACCUCAGGCUCUGUGGCUUCAACAAAUGUGAAAGCUAAUAAACCAGCAAAACCAGCUUCUCAGAAGAACGACGGUGUUGCUGCUGCUGGAGGAGCAUCUGAGAAGAAAGGAGGUCCAUCUGAGAAAGACAGAAAGAAAGACGCUCCUCAUCCUCGCAUGCAGUACGACGACGAGAGCAGAGUCGUGAAGGCCAAAAGACGCGCCGUUGUUAAACAAACCGAGGCUAAAAACAGAGUUGAGCUCUUUAGGCACUUGCCUCAGUAUGAGCAUGGCACUCAACUUCCUGAUCUCGAGACCAAGUUCUUUCAACUUGACCCUAUGCAUCCUGCUGUGUACAAGGUUGGUCUUCAAUAUCUUUCCGGAGAUAUAUCUGGUGGCAAUGCAAGAUGUAUUGCAAUGCUUCAAGCAUUUCAAGAAGUUGUCAAAGACUAUUCGACACCGCCUGAGAAGACUCUAAACAGGGACAUGACCGCGAAGAUAAGCAGCUACGUCUCUUUCCUCAUAGAAUGCCGUCCGCUUUCCAUCAGCAUGGGAAACGCGAUCCGGUUCCUGAAGAACAGGAUCGCGAAGCUGCCGAUAACACUCUCCGAAUCCGAGGCAAAAACUGCUCUUCAGUCGGAUAUCGAACGGUUCAUCAACGAGAAGAUCAUAACGGCGGAUAACGUGAUAGUCAAACAUGCUGUGACUAAGAUCAGAGACGGUGAUGUCCUUCUGACCUAUGGAUCUCCUUCUGCGGUUGAGAUGGUGCUGUUACACGCACACGAGCUCAAGAAGAAGUUCCGCGUCUUGGUGGUGGAUUCUCGUCCGAAGCUCGAAGGACAGCUGCUGCUUCGUAGGUUGAUCAAACGAGGGAUUAACUGUACGUACACUCACAUAAACGCCAUUUCGUAUAUCAUGCACGAAGUCACCAAGGUGUUUCUGGGGGCGUCGUCGGUUUUGUCAAACGGAACGGUUUACUCGAGAGUUGGGACUGCUUGUGUUGCAAUGGUUGCAAAUGCGUUCCGUGUUCCUGUGCUUGUAUGUUGCGAAGCUUACAAGUUUCAUGAGAGAGUGCAAUUGGACUCCAUAUGCUCCAAUGAGCUCGGUGAUCCAAAUGCUAUUUCGAAAGUUCAUGGAAGAGAAGACAUAAACUACUUAGACGGUUUGACCAACAACGCAAAUCUGCAGUUUCUGAAUUUAAUGUAUGAUGCUACUCCUUCAGAUUACAUUUCCAUGAUAAUCACAGACUAUGGCAUGGUACCUCCCACAAGUGUGCCUGUCAUUGUGAGAGAAUAUCAGAAAGAACAUUUGCUUGUCUAA